CACGUGCUCAAAUUGAAACAAAGAUAUGGGUGCUUUUUCAUUCUUUUUUGCUUCAUUUCUGCUCUUUAUUUCUUUCAAUUUUCAUCCUGGGUUGUGUCGGAAGGCUGCGGACAGAGGCAGUGAUGAGGUGACAAGUACAGGGAGGGAAGCAAUGGAAAUCAUUAACCGUGGAGGUGGCACUACCCGUGCCCCAUCUCCUGAAUAUACAGGAGAUUGUCAAUGUAAUAUACCGUUAAAUGUAUCAAAACUCCAGUAUCUGUAUGAGCGUGAUCUCAGCAACAACAUGCUCAACGGUAAUUUACCGAUGGAAGUGUUCAAAGCCAAGAACCUAACCUUCUUGGAUUUGAGGUUCAAUAAUUUUAAAGUGUGGCUCCGAGAGAGGUAUUCAAUCUAGAUGUUGAUGUUCUCUUUAUCAACAACGUUUUCACCCAA